UCGCGGAGUGAUCUAGUAGUGCAAACGAGUCUUCACUGGCAGAGUAAGCUGGUAACGGGGCAUCUUCAGUGCAAGGUCUGACAACUGGAAACAAUUACUGUAUAUAUCUGUCAGGACGUCGGUAACGAUUGUUGCAUUGAUUAUCGGUGAUUGCAGAAAACUAAUUUGUUGAAGACUAAACGGGAAAAUGGCUGACCAACUGACCGAGGAGCAGAUCGCUGAGUUCAAGGAGGCGUUCUCCCUGUUUGAUAAGGAUGGGGACGGCACCAUCACCACCAAGGAGCUGGGCACAGUCAUGAGGUCACUGGGUCAGAACCCCACAGAGGCCGAGCUGCAGGACAUGAUCAACGAGGUGGACGCUGAUGGCAAUGGAACGAUCGACUUCCCAGAGUUCCUGACCAUGAUGGCAAGGAAGAUGAAGGACACUGACAGUGAGGAAGAAAUUCGGGAAGCCUUCAGGGUCUUUGACAAGGAUGGUAAUGGCUACAUCAGCGCGGCCGAGCUGAGGCACGUGAUGACCAACCUGGGGGAGAAGCUGACAGACGAGGAGGUGGACGAGAUGAUCAGAGAGGCCGACAUCGACGGAGACGGACAGGUCAACUAUGAGGAGUUUGUCCAGAUGAUGACGGCCAAGUGAAUCUGCAGUGUGUGCUCUCACACCUUUCUCUCUUAUACUGCUUGUCCUCCUAAGAUAACUCUUGUCUUUUAAGAAGAAAACUCAAAUCUAAACCACUGAAGAAUGGAAACCAAGAAAAUGCACUCCCCAGAAAUAUUUAAAAACAAACUAAAAAAAAUAAUCUGUGAAUGUGAAUUGGAGAAACUAUCGCACCACACUUCAGAGUCGUCUAUUUAUAGAAUAACCACAGCAUGUGGUGAAGUUCUAGACAAGUUUCUGGAUCAAGCCGUAAGCGGCGCAUCCAUCCAGACUUGGACCCUGGUAUAAUCUCACUCAUCCGAUCCUGACAGAAGUUUGAGGGAAGAGCACCAUCGUUGAGACGGUGACCACGGUCCUCCACGAACGAGAGGGUGCUGUCUCCUUUUGCCCUGCUUAGAGAAGAUAUCUGCUCCAAUGGGUUUCCACGCCCCUUAAUGCCAAUCUGACAUUGCCACUCGCACGCAACAAACCGUGCUGAUUUUGGACUUGGGUUCAAAGUCCCACUUGCAUGUACACCUUCUGUGGCAAUUUGUAAUCACCAGGAGAGGGCUGUGAUCCCAGGGGAGGAUGGAGGCUCUGUAGACACUGGAGAGAUAUACAUAACUAUAGAAACUUAUGUAUUUGUUAAAUAUUUGUCACUGAGGGUGGUGGAUCCUGGGGUGAGGAGUGUCUCUGUGGUUGAGUCCUUUUUGGUGCUUGGAAGAACAUUGUACCAUCCUGGAGCGAUGUGUCCGCGGUGAGUGUGUGAGGGGGAAGGAGGUGUUGAUAAUGACAUUUUUGUCUUGUCUGUUUUUUUCCCCUGGGGCGGCUUGUCGUAUUUGGGGACUUUUAUUUUGAAAGCAGCUCACACCCAGGAAGAAGCAGGUAGACCUUACAGUUUGAGGAGACCAUUUAUGGCUACCCUGAGAGCAUUGCUCUAAAGAUAUUUAAUCUGCUUUCAACAGAUAUACCUAAUACUAGUAUAUAACAUAAAUGUCAGUGCUUUUUAAUGGUAUGUCAUCUGAUAUUAAAUGUAUAAGUUACGUUUGUUCACAAAUAAUAUUAUUAGUGUUAGUGCAAAAUGUUGCUUUACUUAUUGUGGCAAUUCUGUAAUAGGACCUAUAAUGUUUUCUCCUUGGUUUCAAGAUGUGCCAUGAAACUGUAAAAGCCUCAACAGUCUUGCAAGACAACUUGUAGUAAAUUAAACAAUGAAAUCUAUAUACAUAUAUAUGUAUAUAUUAUCAACAAACAGUUAACUUAUAUUUGCAGUUUAGUGUAAUUAAACAAUAUAUUUAAAGACUGUAAAGAAAAAGAUACCAAAUGUUUUUGCAGCUGAACCAGUCUGUCUGUCAAAGUAUUGUGUUUCAGUAUCCCAUUGUGGUCAGUGGUUUCACCCAUAGUCUGUGAGUUUCCACUGCUUGCUAACAGUAUAUACAGCAUUUUCACAUUGAUAUUAGCUUAAUCUGUCAGGUGAGGGUGAGCAGUUUCCAUAGAACACUGUAGGAGAUUUAAAAGGACUCAAGUUAAACUGGGUCUUUAAAGGGAUGGUUAUACUUGGUUUCACAGUAUUGUUAGUGAAGGUUCUGCACUGGUUAGCUUCUCGUAAGCUUUCAAUUUGACUGGUUUUGCCCUUGAUUGAGCGAUUUGAAAGAGCGACUUAGGGACUGUAAACUUCUGAAAGUAGCUGAAAAUGUGUGUUGUGUUUCUCAUGAAUCAAUAAAUUCAGCAGACUUUAAAA